AUGUCCUCCCGAUUACUUCAUCCAGACGAGUACGAGUUGGAUUUGCGGUCGUCCAUCGACUCCCAGGGCACCUUCGAUCUCGAUGACGCCGACUUCGAGUCACAGUCGGUCCCUAGUCGCAGCAAAUUUCUUGACCGCGCACCUCUAAUAUCACGUAUCUUCGGCUCAAAUUACGCCACCGGAUAUCGUCGUCUGAAUGUCCCGAAACCUUUCGCUAGAACCUCGAGAUGGGGGAAGUGCUACCGGCUCUGCUUGAAUCGUCGUGUAUGGUUCUACAUCCAGAGCUUUUUUGGUAUUAUAUUCGCCCUCUUAGUUCUAGCAACCACGUUUUUCCCUUCCUAUUCUCGGCCGCCUCCACAUUAUGCCACUCUUCGCAAUACCGUCCAAAAAUCAACCUCUCUCGGUCGAGGCAAUCCUCGUAACGAGAAAAUUUUCAUCGCCGCUAGCUUAUACGAUCGUGACGGGGAUAUAGCGGGGGGCUUGUGGGGCCAGAGUGUUCUGAAACUGAUCGAUUUACUCGGUCAAGAGAACGUAUAUUUAAGCAUUUACGAAAAUGAUAGCGGAUCAGCAGGCGCAGGCGCGUUGCGAGACCUUGAGGCACAUGUUCCGUGCAAUAAUUCGAUUGUAUACGAGGACAGUUUGGAUUUAGACCGUUUGCAUUCCGUGACCGUCCCUGGUGGAUCGAAACGGAUAAGGCGCAUUGAAUACUUGGCUGAGGUCCGGAACCGAGCCCUACGACCCUUAGAGGCACACAAGAAGAUGCAGUUUGAUAGGCUGUUGUACCUGAACGACGUUGCUUUUGAUCCUGUUGAUGCACUUCAGCUUCUAUUCUCUACCCAUGUUGACGACAAUGGAAUCGCACGGUACCGGGCUGCCUGCGCUGUUGAUUUCAUCAACCCAUUCAAGUUUUACGACACUUAUGCGACGCGGGACCUGCAAGGGUUUGGCAUGGGCCUUCCUUUCUUCCCCUGGUUUUCUAAUGUAGGCGAUGGGCAGAGCCGCAAGGAUGUUCUAUCUGGAACCGAUUCUGUCCGGGUUCGCAGCUGCUGGGGAGGGAUGGUUGCAUUCGAUGCUCGGUUCUUUCAACUUCCGACUGCAGGGCCUGAUCGAGACCAUCCUCUCCGGUUCCGCGCAUCGAACGAUGCAUUUUGGGAGGCUUCUGAAUGCUGCCUUAUACAUGCAGAUAUUCAAGAUGUCCCAAUCAAUCCUGAGGAGAUUACGGACACCGGGGUUUAUAUGAACCCGUUCGUGCGGGUGGCAUACGACAGUCGGACAUUGUCAUGGCUAGGGUUCACCCGUCGACCCGAGCGGCUUUAUACCCUCAUCCACAACAUCUUAAACCCUCUGGUUUCCCUGCCACGGUUCAACCCUCGACGCACCGAGGUGCCCGGCCAACGUGUUACGGAAACUGCUUGGGUUCCGGAUGAGAAUGACGAUGGCGGGGGCUCGUUCCAGGAAGCUAAACGGAUAGCCUCGAACGAUGGCUUUUGUGGACGCCCGGGGCUCCAAGUGAUUGUCGAAGACCGUCAAGAGGGCGAGGCUGGUUGGGAGUCUAUCCCAGUUCCGACCUAG